AUGGAGAGCCUGAGUGACGAAGACUGGGAUGUUGUCAUAGCUGGGACUAGCAUCCCCCAGUCGCUUCUGGCGUUGGCCCUUUCCCGCUCGGACAAGAAGAUCUUGCACGUCGAUCGCCAUUCUUAUUAUGGAGGUGAUGACGCCGGUUUGAGUCUCGACGACGCCCAGGGCUGGGUCGAAGACUUGCGGCAGUUUCAAAGCACAGUAUUCAAAGAUGCCUCCAUAACGAGCUAUGCCGACGGCGGAUCUGGGUCAACCUCUGCACUUGGACCCUCCCGCUCGUAUACCCUAAGCUUGAACCCUCAAAUCAUCUAUGCCAAAUCCGAGUUUCUUCCCUACCUGGUCUCGUCACAGAUUCACACCCAACUGGAGUUCCUUGCCGUUGGAUCUUUAUGGGUACUGGGUAAUGGUAAAUUGCAGAAGAUUCCCAGCACCCGCGAGGAUGUGUUCAAUGAUGAAUCACUGUCAAUGAAGGACAAACGUGGCCUGAUGAAGUUCUUGAGAUAUGUUAUGCAACAGGAGGAGGAAUCGACAACCCCCUCAGACGAAGACAAUGCUACGAUAUCGCUAGGGACUGCUUUGUCGACAAAGUUCAGAAUUCCUGAUUCCCUGCAGACUCCGUUGGUGGCACUCGCGCUGUCUCCUGUUGCUGCGGACUCAAUUCCUUUCGACAAGGCCCUCGCCAGGAUCAGGAGACAUAUGAGGUCUAUGGGACAUUUCGGUCAAGGCUUUGGCGGGGUCGUUGCAAAGUAUGGCGGCACUGCAGAAAUCUCACAAGUUGCCUGUCGUGCCAACGCUGUGGGCGGAGGCGUGUAUCUCCUGGGACAUGCCCUACAGGCUCUGAGUGAGCCGGGUAAUAUAUCUGAUCUCGACAGUGCAGCUGGCGGAGAUAUACCAAUCAUUGAAUGCACACUUUCCGACGGCACCCGGAUUCGGACUCGGUAUGUCGCUGGCACCAACGAUGAUGUUCCCACUUCGAAAGACGCCGUGGAAACAGUGGCCUCGUUCUGCACUACCUGGAGGUCUAUCAACAUCAUUGCGCACCCGUUAAAAUCAAUGUUUCCACCAACAUCAGACAAUGGCCCUGUCCCCGCAGUGACGGUUGUUCUGGCCGAUGAUGGUGCUCCCGAGCAUGACAAGGAUCCUGUUUAUCUGCAGAUUCACUCAGAGGACACAGGAGAAUGUCCUGCUGGUCAAUGUCUCAUCUAUGCCUCAGUUGUUUCUGAAGACUCCACCUCCAGAAGCCGGCUUGAAACUGCUGUGAAGGCAUUCCUCGACACUGUCGGCGCAAAAGAUUCGCUGUUGUGGUCGCUCUCGUAUCGAGCUUUGGGACCUGCUAUAGAUUCAACUUUGAAUACCCCUCUGUCCGGGGAGCAACCAGGGGUCAUUGUGUUUCCACCCAGACCGCAAGAGCUUGCCUUUGAUGAUGGUAUACUUCAUGCAGUCAAUGACGCUUGGCAGAAAAUCCUGGGGCCAGAGGCUGCUCGGCCAGCACGUUUCUGA